AUGGUUUGGCUGACAGUUACACUGCUGCUGGCUUUAGUCUGCGAGGUAUUUUCUGACUACUGCGAAGAGAGCAUAUUCUGCGAUGCUCCUUAUAAGUGUUGUGAGAUGAAAAAGGGAUGCUGUUACGACAGUAUGCUGCAUAGUAGCAAACACUUCCGCUUGCAGAUAUGGAAUAUGUGGUACUUCUGGUUUCUGGUUAUAUUUAUGAUGAUGUCAUGUUUUGGUGGAUGUGGCUACUACAGACGUCGCCGUCUUGCUAUGCUCACUCGGACUUCACAUCCUUCACAGUUAAGAACUGCUACAGUAUUGGAACCAGUCCAGCGAAGGUCCCGCUGCAGAAGUACUGAAGGGCAGCCACAGCAGUUCAACUUCUUUGCUUACAUUGGAUCAGGUGUCAGUUUACCACCGCCUGUCUCCAACUUGCCACCGGCUUAUGCUGAGGUGAUCAGUCAGCCAAGUCCUUAUCCUUAUAAUAAAGUGGAGUUACCUCCAUACCCAGGAAGUGAUAAGCCAGAGGAUCACCAUUAUCCUUUCACACCACUGUCAUCCACUGUACACCACCAUGACACCACUAUGCCACCACCCUAUAAUGAAUACUAUUAUGGGCAUGAACAGCCACCCUUGCCAGUGGUGCCCAGCGGAAAUUCGGCACCAUAUAUACCACCACAGCCAGUUGUAGCUCAAGUACCAAGUGUGCCAGCAGAAAGAGACAGCAACAUCACACCAAACAGCACCAUAGUUCACAGUAACCACCAGUAA